AUGAUUACUUCAUCAACACCUCCCGUGUCAGGAACAUCUCCAGCUAUUCGUUUUUCGUCUUUGCUUAAUCGAUCUGUCGAUUUAACUCUUUGUUCAUUGAAAAAAAGCGGUGAAGAUUCGUUACGUUCCGAUCCAGCGUUUCAGUUGGGUGAAUUUCUCUUAGGUUUUUCCGUGAAGAUUUUGCGAAGAUUUUUCGUUGAAGUAUGA